AUGUACUUCCUUUCCUUUGUAUGGCAUAAAACGCUGCUGGCCCUAGCGCCGCCAUCACGGCCGCCGCCCUCGACGCCAGUGCUCACAACGUGCGCGCACUUUAACCCCGCCACAGGCCCGCUCACGCCGCUCGGCGACUGGUGCAGCACUCCCAGCGAGGAGGAGGAGGAGGACGACGACCGCAGCUAUCUGAAGCACCUGUUUGCCAUGGAGGCCUCCAACACCCUCGACGGCGGCUACCUCGAGCGCCAAGCCCCGGGCGCCGGCCUCGGCCCCUGCAGCUCGCCUAUGGCCAGCCGUGAGCGCGCCAGCGUGGUGGACUGGAUGACCGAGGCGGCUGGCGUGGUCGGACUGCCCAGCGACGUCCUCUUCCUUGGCGUUGCGCUGCUCGACCGCUUCCUCGCCGCGCGCGUCGCCGCGGCCGCGGAGGCCGCCGCCUGCGGCGCCAAGCCGGCGGCGCCGGAGAGGCCGCUGCAGCUGGUGGCGGCGGUGGCGCUGUGGGUGGCCACAAAGUACGAGCACGGCUACGGGGCAUCUGUGGAGGUGUUCCGCCGCGACCUGCUGUGCGGCAUGUACUCCCGCCGCGACCUGCUGGACACUGAGGCCGAGCUGCUCAGGGCCGUCGACUACCGGCUCUCCUCCAUCGUCACGCCCCACGCCUUCCUCACCCGCGCCUUCCGCGGCCUACCCGCCCGCGAGGCCGCCCGCGCCGCGCGCGCGCCGGCCGCGGCCGCGGCCGCGGACGCGCUGUUCUACCUGACCUCCUACCUGUCAGAGGCGGCCCUCCUCGAGUACUCGAUGCUGCCCUUCGCGCCCAGCGCCGUCGCGGCCUCGGCACUCGCGCUCGCGCACCUGCUGCUCGGCCUGCCCGUCACGUCUGAGGAGCUCCGCGCGCGCAGCGGCUACGGCUGGGAGGACAUUACGCUGCCAUUCGCCUGGCUGAGGCAGGUCCACGUUGAGGUCUGCCGCGCCGGCGCCAACCGGACGCCCUACGCCGCGUGGACCAAGUUCCUGACCGCCGAGACGCGCUGGGCGGCGGCCGUGCCGCCGCUGCUGUCGUUCGCCGACCCCCGGCUGCCGGAGGUCACCGCGGGCCGCGCCGCCGCGCCCGCGGGCGCGGCGGGCGCGCCGCCGCUUCAGCGGCGGCCGUCGCUGAAGCGGCAGCGCGCGGGCGCGACGGCGGCGGCGGCGAAGGGCGCAGCGGCCGGGCGGCGCCAGGAGGAGGACGGCGGCGCGGCCGCGGGCGCGCUCGGCGCCUGCGCGCUCUUCUGCCCCACGCCUUGA